AUGGCCGAGAUCCGCCGGAAGCUUGUCAUUGUUGGCGACGGUGCCUGCGGCAAAACCUGCUUGUUGAUUGUCUUCUCCAAGGGAACCUUCCCUGAGGUCUACGUCCCCACCGUCUUUGAGAACUAUGUAGCCGAUGUCGAGGUUGAUGGCAAGCACGUCGAGCUGGCCCUAUGGGAUACGGCUGGUCAGGAAGAUUACGACCGUCUCCGCCCUCUGUCCUACCCCGAUUCUCACGUUAUCCUGAUCUGCUUCGCUGUUGACUCCCCUGACUCUCUCGACAACGUUCAGGAGAAGUGGAUCUCUGAGGUUCUGCACUUCUGCCAGGGCCUGCCCAUCAUCCUCGUCGGCUGCAAGAAGGAUUUGCGAUACGACCAGAAGACCAUUGAGGAGCUCCGCAAGACCAGCCAAAAGCCCGUCUCCCCCGAGGAGGGUGAGGAGGUCCGUAAGAAGAUCAUGGCCUACAAGUACCUCGAGUGCUCUGCCAAGAGCAACGAUGGUGUCCGCGAAGUCUUCGAGCACGCCACCCGUGCCGCUCUCAUGGCACGUGGCGGUAAGCCCGGCAAGAGCCACAAGAAGUGCCUUGUUCUCUAA